ACGGGCUCCCUCUUCUUGAGCAGCACACUGGACACUGUUGUGACGGUAGAACGUCGUCUUCGGGUGAGCGAGCGCUCUGACAGCAUCGAAACAGUUAAUGGUAGUUAGCGACAGUUGCUCUGACAAACCCUUUGGAGGAGUAACAAGUCUUUACUGUUCGGAAGUUUACUUUGAGUUUGUGAGAGUUCGCUUUCAGACGACAAAACUCAAACUUUCUUUAGUGAUAUCGCCCUUAUUCUGGAAUAAGUAUAUUUUGUUCAAAUUGCGUCUUUUUUUUUUAACGAACUUUUGAAGCUCCGUUUUUUAAGAGCGCGAACAUGAUUUGAUAAGGAGGAGCCAUCAGAGCGGAUCAAACCAGGAUGACAGAGCCAGCGGAGCACAAGACCCAUCACCUGAAAACUUCAGCCAGCCCAUCAGGUGGGAUCAGCGGAGACGCUAUGGAGCAUCUCCCAGCCAGCAACCGUGGUGGAGCAGAGAACGGCCACAGGGGGCGACAGAGAGAGCACAAGCAGCAGCAGCAGCAGCAGCAGCAGCGGCGGGCGGAGAACUGUGGGGAUAUCAACAGAGACAAGUUAUGGCAAAUGAAAGGCGGACAGAGGGGGGUGUGCCCUGCCUUGGCUGACGGAAACGAGCUCCCAAAGUGCCCGAAAACUGAAGUUCACGGAGCGGCAGACGGUGAUAACACCUCACAGGGGAACAACAGUGAAGACAGGCAGCUGGAGGAGAGCUCGCUCAUCGACUCGGACACCGGGUUUGAUGUGCGCCUGGGCAAGAAGAGGCACCGGCGCAGGAACACCAGAAAGAAGCGCAACUGGAAGCCUUACUACAAACUUUCCUGGGAGGAAAGGAAAGCUCUGGAAGAGAAGGAGACAGCCAGAGCUUCUCGGCUGAGAGAGGAGAUGUUCGCCAAAGGGCUCCCAGUGGCCCCAUAUAACACCACCCAGUUCCUGAUGGACGAGCACGACCGGGAGGAGCCCGACCUCAACACUGAGACCGGGGUCAGGCGACCCGCAGGGGUCGGUGGCCGCAUGGAGGACACGGGCAGCGAGGAGGACUUGUUCGAUAACGAGGAGGAGGACGAUGAUGACGGCAGCGGCGGGGGCAGCGAUGGCAUCGGGAGGCCCGGGAACGCAGGUGGAGAGUUUCUCCAGAGAGACUUUUCUGAGACCUACGAGAUGUACCACGUCGAGAGCCUGCAGAAUAUGACCAAGCAGGAGCUGGUGCAGGAGUACCUGGAGCUGGAGAAGUGCAUGUCCCGGCUGGAGGAGGAGAACAACCGGCUGAGGCGCGCCGUGGAGCCCGGGGGUCUGACCGUGGAGAGCUCCCUUGUCCGGCUUGGAGAGCUGGAGAGGGAGCUGGAGAGACUGAGGGCCCAAAACACGGAGCUCCUCCUGCAGAACCAGCCGAGCAAGGACAGGGGGCAGGUCGCUACCAACUAAUGGACACAAUGCAAACAGGGGAACCCCUUUAAAAAAAAAAAAUUAAAAAAAGGUAAAACAUGGGACUGAUGCAUUUAAAAAAACAAACAAAAAAAAUUAAUCAGUUUUCUGUAAUCAGUUUGUCAUCUGGAUGAUGAAGUCCUUGCAUUGAAAUGCAAUACUUGACGUUUCUUUUCUAUUCGGACUGUAAGGCUGUCCUGUUCAUUUUUUUUUUUUUUCAAGAAGAAAUGUAAAUAUUUCAAAAUAAGAUUCUUUUUAUAAAGAGAAUGUAUUUGACAACACGAGAAUAUUUUGUUUGUUUCCCGGGUCAACUUCACAGAACACCCAUUGACAAAAAACUGUUUUUGAAUUUAAAAAACAAAACAAAAAAACAAUCCUCAUAUGUUGUUCAUACCUCUGCAUAUGUUUCUU